GCCUCGCCGCCCACCCACGAGUGAGCACCUCGCCCCCCUCGCUCCUGCUUAUAAGGAUGUGAUUUACAGUGCAUGCGAUAGUGCCAAGAAUUUUUCACUUAAAUACUUUUCUUCCAUUAUCAUUAUUAUUGCUGUUUCGUUCUCUUUUGAGUCGAAAAUCGGAUUUUUUUGUUGCGUGUUUUGGCCUCUUUCUGGAAUGUGUUGGCGACUUCGAAAAGAGAAAUGAAAACACUGGGCUGUAAAGACUUCUGGAGAAACAUAUUACAGUAGCAGGAGGCGUUUGGUGACGGGGAGCGCCGCGCCCUCCCUGGCGGCCGCAGCGAGGGAUGGGGGCCAAGUGCUUCAAGAACACCCGUGCUGCUUCAGAUGGCGUCGACGACUCGGUCAAGCCAGUGCCCACAGCCGCCGCCUUCGGGAUCGAGUCUGGUCCCUCGGCCGUGGUGCAGUGGGAGGAGCGCCAGCGGGAGCUCAACCUCCUGGUGUUGGAGAAGAUGAGGGAGGACUUCCACGACCGCCCCGACAACUUCAUCCUCAACCUGCUGGUGGUGUCGCUGCAGUUCUACAAGAAUUAUGGCAAAGACAAGGCCGAGAUCAGCAACCACAUCCGGGACCGCGAGCAAGCCCUGAGCAAGAAGAUGACCCUCUCCAAGAGAAAGAUCAUGUACAUGGGCGGCUUCGAGGAGAUAUCAGGCACCCACGCCCUCUUCCUACCGAAGGGAGAGAACUACAUGGAGCUUCCUUCGCCGUUGCAGGUAUACAUAGUGCAUGACAACGUGGAGGUGUAUCCCGACGACCAGUACGAGGAGCUGCAGAGGAGGAACUACGCCGAUCUGGACGGUCCCGCCUACAGGUUCUGCGUAGAGUACUCCAAGAGACACAUGGGCUACGUGCGCCUCCGCUGCGCAGACAUCAUCCCGGGCGUCUCUCGCAACAACACCUACGAGGACAUCUACGCCUUCAUGCCCCCUGUGGACGAGACGAAGCCCGACCCCGUGGUAGACAUGCGGCCCCUGCGAAGGAGCUCCGUGGUGUCCCCUGACGAGGACGACCUUUCCCCCACCAGGCAUGAGGCUCGGCACUUUCUGCAGCAAGUCUCCUCGAUCGAAGAGGGGGGAGAGGACGAAGAGGAAAAGGAAGACAAGGAUUCGGAGGAGGACGACAACUUCGACGAGGAACCCAUGAGGCCUCCCACGCACCUCAUGGGGCGUCGUCCGAGCGGUAUCCUGCCCCUCAAUUACCCGACUGGGAGGCUCUCCAAGCAGAACCCGCCGAAGAGGCCCAACGGCAUCAUCAAGACCGGACUCAUGACCCCGAAGGCGCCCCCCGACCCCAAGCCCGGCCCUCGGCUGCUGACGGAGCGGCGUCCCAGCGGGGUGUUCCCCAAGAUGAACCCGAACAUGGACCGCCUCAAGAUCACGUCGGAGCAGCACAGGAAACUUCAGAGCAGCGGCGACAACUUCAGCGCGCUGAAGCGCAUUCUGGCAGGGAUCGAGGAGGGUAACGAAGAGGAGGAGGACGAGGACUCGCAGAGUGAGAAAGUCAGCCUGAGCGAAGUCAGGCCACACCAGGAGGAUUCCGCGAGUGAAGACAGCACCGACCACGGAGCCGAACCAGCAGCCGUAGAGAAGCCGAAGGAGGAGGUCAGGCUGCACGCCUCGAUCAACACAGGCUGCUUCAUGAACUGCAGGAUUCGGCUGCGUGCCGAAAACGACGCAUACGGCAUCAAGUCGCGCACCGAACUCAGGACCUAUUUCUCCUCAGAAAGGUACAUGGAGUGCUUUGAAGAGGAUUUCGAUACCCUGGCUAAGAUUAUGGGGAAGGAACACCUAGUUGACUCCAGCCAAGUGCAAAUGCCCGCGAUCCUUGCCAGUGAACUAAUGAUUGAUGGGAUAGGUCCUAAGUUCAACACCGAGUUCAUCCCCACAAUCCUGCAUAAGGAAUGGCCUCGCUGUGCCUUCGAGUGGAAGCUCCGGGACCGCAAGCCAAGGGCCGACCCAACCACGAAGACCCUCUACAGAUGGCCCAAGUCCUCGACCAUCAACGAAGUCGUCAACACGGGCUGCAACCUCGUCCCCAUCGGCCACUACAAGCCAUCGCAGCCGAACAUCGUCAUGAAGAUGGAGUGGCAGAUUCAGUUCAACAAGGCGGAGCAGAUCCUCUUGAGGAGUCUUGGCCACUCGCAGAUACGCCUCCUCCUCAUGGUCGAGUUCCUGCUGCGGGACCACCUGCAGGAGAUCCCCGGCCUCAAGACGCAGCAUCUCCGGUUCAUCUUGUACUGGAUGUGUGAGCACAACUUCAGGGACUGGCAGGAGGAGAGGCUCGGCAACAAACUGAAGGCUUAUUUUAAGACUCUCUACAACUGCCUCUCCACUGAACACCUUCCGCACUACUUCAUCGACAAGUGCAACAUGCUGGAGACCAUACCUGAGCGCUACUUGAGACAGGUUCAGGCAUUAGUGAAGAAUAUGAAAGACAACCUUCCAAUUUACAUGAUGCACACUAUGCUGCGAAUUCGUACCGAGGAGGAUUUCUACCCGAUGCUCGAUGUACGUGAACUGUACAAGCUUCUCCUCCCCAAGUCCUUUAGCAUUGGACAGAUAAAUCCCGCGCUUCUGGGAUUGACAGAGGAUGAUGCCAUUGACGAGAUGGGGGAAGAAGGCGUGUCUUCGGGAAAAAUAAAAAAGCUUGACGAAGGCGAAGACGUUCUCUACAGUGACUCCGAAGAAGAAAGAGCACAUCAAGACAUGAAGGAGCAACUCCACGCCCUUCGACAGCAGCGGAAGCUCGCCGCUCAGCGCACCUCCAAGGACGACCAGAGGAAGAAGAGGCGGCGCUCCACCAUAAACCUCAAGGCCAAAAUCCACUGCGUGAAAGAUCUCCGCUCCGGCAAGGUCCUCAGCCUGCACUUCGGCAUGGCGCGCGCCUCCAACAAGUACCGGGCGUACCCUCAGGCGUACAUGUACCUGCUGCUAGCGGGCAACAUGGCGACGCUAAUGGAGGAGACCGGCAACGGGCAAGAAGCCGAGGUGUUCCACAGAGAGAUCGAGGAGCUAAACGUGGCCUCCAGAGGAGGCGUCAAGGACAUGCUGGGGUCGUCGUGGGGCAUGACCGACACCCACGACCUCAUGCUGGGCAACCCCAACAUACGUGGCUCCAACUGGGAGCUCAAGAAGGAGCAGCAGCCUCUGCCGUCGCCCCCUAUGAAAGCUUCCCCCGUGUCGGGCCUGAAGCUAACCAAGAAAAAUCUAAGCGGAUUAGUGGACAACCUCAACGAACUCCAACAAACUAACAAAGUGAAAGUGACGGAAAGCAAAAGCAACGACUCGCUGUCCGACGCAAUGCUCAUGAGGGAGAGGACCCAGUCGGCGACGAACAACGCCAACGCGCCCCACGACCCUUCGGCCAUCGUCGUGUUCUCUGACGAGGACGAGGAGGAGGCGUCGACGGACCUCUAAGGCUGCUGUGGCUAGGAGUUCCCUUCAGUGUAAUGUGACAGAAGUGGGGUCUUGCCCUUCCCACUUCCGCAAUAAAGUGAUGUAUAAAGUGAUAUCUACGUGCUGGGUAGAUCAUGUUUAAGCAUAAUAAUCAAAUGAUACUCUUACGGUGACACAAAAAUCAUAGAAGUGUGUGAUACGAAUGAUCACGAAACUAUUACUUUAUGAAAAUACAUAUUGUCACUAUUACUCCAUCUGUUAUACUUCAUUCAUGAACUUGGUACUUCCAUAAUAUGAUUAAUGAGCGGAACUUCUUCUAUUCAAUAAAAGAAUAAAAAAUGUAUAUAAAUUCCCUUUACUCAAAUAUGAUAUCCAUGUUAAAAUGGCAUCCAUUUUAGUUUUUUACUUUCCUCUGUCUUUUCUCCUACUUAUGAAUAUCGUUUCUUUUUUAUAUAUAUUAAUGAAACUGCAUUACUUAUCUUCCGAUGAUGUUAAAAAACUUAAUAUGCACUUGGUUUAUAAGCUUCGAAGAUCCAUUACAAAUAGUACUACUUCUGAAGGUGCUCACCAGCGGUAGUUAUCGUCGAUGGAUCUUCAAAGAUAUAAACAAGUUAUUGAUUUAAUGUAUAAAUCUUGAAUCUGUAUAUAUGUAAAUUAUUAGAAAUAAACUCUUAUCCUUGUAA